AUGAUUAAUUCACAAUUUGAUGGGAAUGUAUCCAUAAAUACAGUGGAAAGUUUACGCUCUACACAAGAAAUUGAUAGUACACUGAACACAACGCAGUAUUGCUUUCUGCAUGACGAUUUUUUUCUGGUGAAAGUUACCCAGGCAUUGUUCGAAGAUUUCCAAGCGAAAUGUAUGGAAAAUGUUAAUGAGUCUUCCAAUUUAGUUGCUUUAUUUUAUGAGAUAUGUAGUGAUGGAAUAGCGGCUUUCCAAAAAGUAUCUAUGAGACCGGAGAGAACGACGGCUUUAAUGUCCGUUUUACAACAGCUUUUAAACGAGCAACAAGCGUAUCUUUUAUUAUUAAAUCUUGCUAAGAUGAAUCGAAUGUUAGAUGAUUUGAAGAAUUUGGAGAAGCGAUCUGUUUUUGCUGAUUUAUUAAUCAGUGAUGUGGAAUUCAGAAAACUACUGGUACUUUUGGAAUGGUGUGAAGCGAAUGCCUAUAGUGAACCUGAGGCAAAUGCCGAAUUGUCGAACGAAUGUGCAUACCUCGAAAAGAAUUGCAUGCUGCGUGCAGAAACAUUGCAUGCUCGAAUUCGUGGUGAAAACCUGUGUGAUCUGGAUUUAGACGGCGCACUUCAUGGACGUUUACACAAUAAAGAUGAAGAAUUAGAAAGCAGAGUUUUCAGCUUGAUUUACACACUGGUGCGAUGUGGUCAAAUUGAUGAGGCAUCUUCGUUAUUGGAAAAAGCUGGCCUUCAUUCUUUAAUACCUCUGUUACAACUGAGAAAAAUGUCACGCAGUGCUGCUUUAACACCAAUUUCUUCAGAUGAAACCUCCUAUUAUCUGGCUCGAUCUCGUGCCUUUCUUAAGCGCACUAUUGAUAAGAUCGUUUCUAAAGGCACAUCAUUGUCGCAAGUAGAAUCCUGUCUAUGGUCAGUGGUAGCUGGACGUCUCGAACCGGCAUUAUCUUUGUCUUCUCGCACUGAAGAUCGUCUUUGGUGUUAUCUCAAUGCAGCUGUUGAAUCUCGUUUGGAUGCCGCAAUCAUGAGCGCUCAUAGCGGCGAUUGUGAUGUUGGUAUUGGUCGUGAGGUAGAAAACAACGACCUUCGAAUUAAUUCGAUCUUCGAUGAAAUUGCUACGGUUGAACGAUCUCCCUACUAUACUAUUUAUCGACACAUAGUAAACGAUGAUUCUUUAUCACUGGUUGCAUCCAUGGAUAUGUGGCUGGAGCAGCAUGAGGAUGAUUUAGAAAGAUUUCCACAUAUCAUGCGUUUUAUGGCUCAUCUUGUUUUACUUCUUCGAUUCACUGGUCAACCGAUCCAGGAAGAAAGCGCUAAUUCAAUCAUUCGGUGUUAUGUUCGUUUGUUGAUCUCGUUAAAGUUAUACCCUAUUGUGCCAUAUUAUGCAAACGAAUUACCAUUAGAAAUGGCUGAAGAGAUAGUUGUUGAGUUCAUGUGCCAAUUAGAAGAUGAAAACAUGCGGAAAGAUGUCCUUGACGCUGCUUGUGCUGCAAAAAUGGAUGGAGUUCGUUUGUGUAAACAAAUCUUUAAUAGUAUAAUUACUCGAUAUCCAGUUGUUGAAGAAGAAUCUGGGAGAGAUGAUGUGUUAAUUAAUGCGUGGAACUGGCUAAUAUAUCCGGGUAGUGAUACGUAUUAUGAUGCUCUAUUAGGCAUAAAUAAAAUAAUGCGCGAAUUUUUUUAUGUUAACAAGAUGGAUAAAGCAAAUAAACUUCUGCAACGGUCAAAAAAAUUGAUUGAUAAAAUACUAGAAUCAUUUUCCUGCGUUAUUGAGACUAAUGAUACAGUUGAACCGAAGCUUUUAAGAGCUACUACUGAAUACAGAGCGUAUGAAUGCUACUUGAAUGCUUUGAUGAAAUUUAACGAAUGGUUCAAACAUUCACAACGUUCAUUGCCAGCGAUUUUGGAGAAUUCAGUGGAUGACGCUGGAACAUUAAUGGAUAUGCAACAAAGGAUAACGUUGGAAGUGAUACAUCAGCAGGCAAAUGAACAAAUGCAGAAAUAUGAAAAUGCCUCAAAACAGAGCACCAUUGCGGCGGUGGAAGCGCUCGACCUUGUUCUACGCUUUCCAGACGGUUGGAUGACAUUCAAGGAAGCGGAGAGAGAAACACUAAAUGAGGAAGAAGUCAAGAAACUCACUGAAAUAAGAUCUCAUUAUGUCACUGCAGUUGUUGUUAUGCUAGUUACUUUAUUUGAAAAAAGCGAUAUAAAUGGAUCUGCACAUUUGGUAGAAUUACUAGCUGAUGAGGACUACAUGUUGGCAGAA